AUGGUAAUGGUCUCAUCCCAAGAUUUCCAUAUGGUCACCGACAAAGUAGCAUCGACUCGAGAACGUGGCGAGGCUCGCAAACAAUUUUUGAUCAAUUCGGCUUUACUGAGCCUGAUCGAACCUGUUCGUGGAGAACCAACAGAAUGCCUUCUCGAGUGUCACCCCGAUGCCGAUGUUCUGAAAAGUAGUCAGCUAAAGGAAAAAUUCCUUUACUCAUUCGCGCUUAUCUGCUCAACUUCAAGCUCCGGCAAGGAGACCGCUUCGGCCGUCUGUAUGGAGCAGAAAAGGCCGUCUGGAACCAUUCUACGUAUUGCUCGCAAUCGUGGUCUAUCACAGCAAGACCGUAUUGGGCUUGAAAAGGUGCUAAAGAUUCUUAUCGCUGCUGCAAAUGGAGAGAAGCUAUCAAGGCAGGCGGAAAAUGAAAUUCUUGAGGAGGUGGUUCUUUUAGACCAAAGCCGCAUAUUGUCGCUGGUACAAAAGCUUGAGAAAGCUGGAAUAAGGCGUGUCUUUCAAUUGGCAAUGUCCGAGAUGCCCAGUUGCGAAUCCAACCAAGAAUUACUUAGGGAACCAGGUUUUGGCCAGUGGAUGAAGACAUGCCCUUUCAUAGCUACACCUAAAAGCUCCUCCGAGACUUCUCAGCUGAGCUGUCUGGUGGAAUGGGCAUCGCAGGCUCGAUGGGUAUAUCAAAAACAUUUGCGGAUCUUGCUCGCUUACGGCUCAACGCCGAAUCCGCCCUGUAUGGAAACUCUUUACAAACUUGCUCGCUAUUGGGGAGCCAUCAAGUCCAUGGUCAAACUUGCCGUGAAACAGCCUGAGCUCUUUGCUGGUAUUCACAUUCAGGAUGUUGAUGCCCCCAUGCCGGAGAAAUUCGCACUUCACCAGGAGAAAACACCACUCCGGAAAGCUCUCAAGCGGCUACUCAAGAAUGAUUGCGAGAUGACGUUGGAUAAGUUGGCCCAGCGCUGGGAUUCAAAUGAUGUAGAGGUCGAUUUGCGCAGAGCGUGUCGCUUAACGCUUACACUCCAUGCCGAAAUGCAGCUUCUCGACUUCUAUGACCGCAACCCAGCUUUGGUGCCCCAGCUACGUUUCAUGGGUACGAGUAAAAAGGCCUGCUAUCUUUGUCACGAAUUUCUACUUCGACAUCCACUCCACAUCAGAGUAUCAGCUUGUCAUCAAAAGGUUUACCCUUCAUGGAUGCCGCCAUCCUCCCGUGAUAUUCCUGGAGUGGUCCGGAGCAAGGUUUUUUGGAAAUUCAGUAAACAUAUUGAAGAUGUGACUGUAGAGGCGCUGAGGACAGGUCUAGCGGCUUCACGGCGGCGUAUGAGCAAGGAUUCGACUGCAGGUCCGUCUUUAACAGCAACAGCGACUGCACCUACCGAGGUUUUGGGCACAGCAGCUACUACAGCGAUACAUUCCGUCUACGGGCGAUAG